UAUGCCGCUGGUGACGAGUCUCCGCGGAGCGCAGCGCCUGACGCCCCCUAACGGAAAAAGGGAAGUUCAGCGCCGUCCUGUCCGCUGGUCUCGCUUGCGAAAACCAUUGAAAAAAGACAUUUUUGGAAAUUCCUCUAGAUAAAUACACUUGGCCAGCUAGGUGUUUAAAAUACUGACGGUGGUUAUGUCUGCGGGAAGCAUGGAAAUGAACGGCGAUGCCGAUGGAAACGCCGGGGCGGAGGUGCCCCACAGGGGGCGCUGGAGGCAUAACGACGGGCCGCUGAACAUGAACCACUACGCCAAUAAGAAGAGCGCGGCGGAGAGCAUGCUGGACGUGGCCUUGCUGAUGGCAAACGCCUCUCAGCUGAAAGCUGUGCUGGAGCAGGGCCCAGACUUCGUCUUCUACGUACCCCUUGUGGUGCUUGUCAGCAUCUCACUGGGCCUGCAGAUCAUUGUGGGCAUCCUCCUCAUCUUCAUUGUGAAAUGGGACCUGAAUGAUGUGAACAAGCACUUCAGGCUGAACGUGCUGGAGAAUUUCGCCACGGGCCUGGUCUUCAUCAUCGUGGUGGUCAAUGUCUUCAUUACGGCAUUUGGAGUCCAGCGGCCUGGCAGCAGCUCCUGACCGCGAGAGGCCACCGUGGGACACCCUCAGACGGUAAAGAUCCACCUCAUCAGCCACCUGAGGGGAAGCCAUGGACGGGGCGAAGCUCGAGUGUGUGUCAGAAAGAAGGAAGUGCUGGAUCCUGUCCCCCCCCCAUGGGACACAGAGAAGGCCCUCAGCUGAGAGAGCAGGGCCUCUGGAUCUUCACAUCUUAUGGGGGUUAACAAUUAUGGGGAUUUAAGGCAGAUAGAUAGAACAGCAAGUCAAAGCAAGUGAGAUGCUGAGUCUGUCACCCUUCGUGAUGAUCUAGCCUUGUUACUGGUAGGACAUUCGCAUGUUAGACGCAGCUUUCUAGAGUCCUACCCGCUGCAUUAAUAUGAACAUUUCCUUUAUUUCAGCUAUUCAUGCACCCAUACAUCUUCCACUACAGAGUGUAUCCUGUUGUAGUAUCUUUGAACCUGUGUGUUAUUUUUUCCUGCUUUCUCUUAUGCUGGGAAGGCUUAUUAUUCCAGUGUUCCGAUGCUCCCCCGUACAGUGCUGAGAACAGGCUAGGUCAGGUCAGCCCAAUUAGGUCUAAGUUGGGGUGGGAUUGUGAAAAUUAUACCAAUGGAGAUGCAUAAAAACUUGAGUAUGUUGGUACAUGUUGGGUGACUCAUUGGGAUGUUAAUUCCAAUAGGGUUGGUCAAAUAGGAAUAAUUGACAGGACCAAUAAGAGGAAGGGAAAAUGAUUUUUCGUUCCAUUCGUUGACAAGAAUCAAUCAAAAGGCCGGUAAAAAAGCAGAUGGGGGGGGGGGCUGCAUCCUACCUGGGGGCCAAAGCUGGGUGAAGAUCGGUGCACAUGACGUAGCUGUUUUAAUAGAGAAUUAAUCGCUCCACGCUGAGGGAGCCGUACCAGUGAUGUGCAGGAGAAAAGCCCAUCUGUAAACUCCAGCUUGUAUGAUACAGGCUUCUGAGCCACCCUGCUCCAGGCAGCCAACGUGGCGCGGCCAGCAUCAAACCUGGCUCCCCACUGUAAGAUACGCCUCCUUCAACUGAUGGUGUGUUUUUGUGCUGCAUGGGCAGCCAGUGCUGUGAGAGGGGAGAUGAACCACAGCCAAGCCAGGCCAGGCUUACCUCUAAUCCAGGGGAUAACUCAGGGUCCAGCUCCGUCUGAGCUGGGAGGUGGCCCCCAUGUCAGAUGCAGCACAACGGUUUAAGUAUGCCCCCUAGUGUUGGCAUAAUCGUCAUAUAACAGUAUAACAGGAAGUCACAGUAUUAGUCACGCAAGUCCAGUAGAUCAGGGGUCCCCAACCACCGGCCGUGGACCGGUACCGGUUUGUGAGCAUUUUGUACCGGGCCGCGGCGAACGGAUAACAGUGGCUGUUUUACUUUGGAAAACGCUUCCACUUCUGUGUCUCAUAGGUGGCGAUAAGGCAACGCACUUGGUGAUUAUAGUAAAAUCCCGUUAUAGUGGACUCGCUUAUAACGGAAUAUCGUCUAUAACGGACAAGGUCCGCUGGUCCCGGCCGUACUCCUUUAAGAACAUGCAGAAAAAGCAUCGGAUAUAGCGAACUGGCAUAUAUCGGAAUUUCGCUUAUAACGGACAAACAAUUUGGUCCCCAGAACCGCUUUUAGAUGUAGUUUUGUUCAGUAUAACGGGCAUGCAGGCUCCGCCCACAAGGCGCACGGCGUGCCAGUGAUAUCCAGCACAGAUACGGAGUCGGGAUUAUUAAUAGUCACGCUUCUGGUUAGGUAAAGUUGGAUUACUACAUGUACAGUAUAAUAAUCUCUACCACAAGUGUGUCUGUUGGGGUGCGGCAUGAGUAAAUGGUCUCCUGUAGUUGUGUUCUGGACAUACAGCAACUCUGGAUAUAACGGACUGUUUUGCCUGGUCCCAUGAAGUCCGUUAUAACGGGAUUUUACUGUAGUUAAAUAUUGCGCACCUCGUUAUUUUUGUUACGCGUCUCCGCUCCCUCCCCCAAACCGGCUCAUAAGAGGGAAACAAGCUCAGGGCUCCCACUAAUUCUGCAGGAUGGUGAGUUGUAUUUUUACGUACUUUUUUUUAGUUGUUUCUAUAACGGUCCGUGGAAAUAUUGUUUUACAUGAAAUUGGUUCAUGGCGCAAAAAUGUUGGGCACCGUUUCACGUCCCUGCACGUCUCUUAACACGCUCUCCCCCGGUACGCAGAAAUGUUAAUGGAAUAAAGCCGGCCCGUGGUGGCAAAAAUGUUGGGGCCCACUGCUAUUCUUUACUGGUAGCUCAGACAGUUAAGAUGUACACCCUUACCUCUAGUUGUGUAAAUAGUUGAUUAUGAGUUCUUUGCCAUGAAAUGUGUUUGCUGCUAGAUUCAAAAUUAGAAACAAGCCAGUAGUGGUAAAAGUGGGGAGGGGGAUUUCAUUAUACUAAAAUGGGGAAAAAUGCAGAAAUGGCUGUAUUAUCUAUCUAAGUCAGAUAACUAAGCAGAGACUGAUAUAUUACAAUGUAUAUGCAAAAUAUCAAUGAAUGUGUUCUAUAUUGAGCUGUGCUGUUCUUGGAACGUCUGAGAACCUCAAAACCAUAGACUUCAAAGUGCCCCUCUGCUGAUGUCAGAAAAAAAAAAACUUUGCCUUAAAACGUUUCAAAAUCUAAAGAAAAAGGGAUAUGAUACAGAACCCAAAGAAAAAGUUUUUUAAAAUUGCUGCGAUUCUGCUAGGUGGUUGAGUAGCAAUCUCAACGAAGAGAUACAUAUGUAAUGAGCUCUUUAAUGUCCACGUUGGAACUCCUAGCAAAUGUUUGCCAUCUCUCUGUUCUUACUGCCUUUUCUGCCAGCAUGAACAACCCUGCAGUGCUUUCCGCCUGCAUAGGGAAUCGCUCAUGGCAGAUUGUGUGUUUACAGUCAUUCUUAGGUAUGUAUGCACAUGUCAGACUUACAGUCCUCCACUCCCACUGUAUCUGCGAUGUUGGCUGAUCAGAUUUCAGGGGGUCUUGUUUUUUAGGCUUGCGGUCAGUCUUCAGAGUUGGUGCCUUUGUGAAUGUGACAAGUAGGACUCCGGCCAUUUCCCACACUUUAUUUUUUUUUUAAUAAGAUAAUCUUAUUGGGGAGAUUCAGAAGUGUUGUAAUGUUGUGCACAUAAAAAAAUGGGUGGGCUGCUUCUGUUUCGUAGUAGGGUCAUGGUCACUGGUGAUCUUUGGACACGUAACAUGGGAGUUGCUGCGCCUGACUUGGGAGGGGCCCAUGCGUAACAAACUUGAACAAGACACUUACCCUGAAUUUAUUCAGCAAUUUAUCUGGCUGCAUUAGCGAAGUAAAUACUUCAAGUACCUUUAGAUAAAUGCAUAUUUUAAGCAACUUUAUGUAGAUUUCUUCUACGGAGCUCCAUAUCAAUUUUAUUCUUUUCAUUUUUAUUCUUUUUAUUUAAAAAUAUUUUGUAGUCUGUUCUUUUUACAAAAAAUUGUAAUAAAGUCUAAUAAUCUUGGCUGCUUUGUCCUAUCACUGUGUAUAGCUUGUUGUAAUGGCUGGUUAACACUAUGCAAAGCAGUACUAUCGAAUACGCCUUUUUAGCUAUGGUUGUCUCUAACAUGCAUAAGUAUCUGGUGCCCUGCACAUGUCCAGUGUAGUCUAUGGACGCGCCACAUCUGUUUCUACGCUUAAAAAGGUUGUCCCUUAAUAGCCUCAUCCAGGCUUGGGGUAACAGAAUGGACAGAAUCUGUUUUGUGAUUCUGGAGAGACUGUGUGCUACUUAUACUGCCCUCUAGAGAAGGAUGAUCACUUACUGGCAGCACACUUAAGGCUUGAGUUCAGUGAAAGCAACUUAAAUGUUCCCAAGCAUCAC